AUGUGGGACAACCCCCACAGCGACCGACUGUUCCAGUUCGGGAACAAGACCAAGCCCGCCAAUAAGGUAGAGGUCCUUCCAGCCAGUGGACAACCAGGAGGCCUUGGCGACCCCAACAGGAAAGGCCUGUCGGGGUCCAAGGUCCAAUGGUACCUAAGGUAUCUUCAGCAGGGCAUGACACCUGAUGAAGCUUUGAAGAAGGCGAAGGAGCCACGACCUGUGGCACAAAACGUUGCCCCUGCCAGCAAGCGGGCAAAUAACGGCGGCGACGAGGAGACCCCCCCUGAGGCAUCUGCUGGCACACCCAGCGUGCCGAAGGCGGGUGACAAGGGUGAGAAGCAGCCACCCUCCACUUGUGCGGCACCUCUCACUGGCACACAUACCUCCUACGCGGAGGCCGCCAAAAGAGUCAGAGUUGCGGUACUACCUGAGGACUACCCGCAGGUGUACCUGAGCAACGAAGAGCUUGCCGAGCUGGAGGAGGCCAUAAUGGACGACGUAGUCACGUCUGAAUGGGACUCAGCAGUCGCCUUCAGAGGUAUCCACUUUAGGGUCGGAUACCUCCUGAUAGACUGCUUGGACCAGGACUCGGCGGACUGGCUGAGGGCUGUAACGCCUCAGCUAAGGACGUGGAAAGGCGUGCCCCUUGACACUAGGGUAGGAGAAGACAUUCCUGCGGCAUACAAUGUCACAGUCUUCUGCCCUAGAAGUGCAGAAAGAAGCAAUGAGGAGCUUCUGAUGAUGCUGGGACGCCAGAAUAGAAUGGAGGUCGAUUCCUGGAAGGUGGUCUCCCGAAGGAACGACGGAGGCGGGGCACUCCUCGUUAUAGGGAUAGACUAA